AUGUCUUCCCCGAAUUCGACCAAUUUGCCUGAUAAGGAAACAGGCCCUACAACACCUGUAACCCUCCCAUUGCGAAUGACUUAUGCAAAGGUUGCAAGUCGCAAUCGUGAAUCGCUCAUGCACCAUGAGGUGACGACCAAGACAGUAACGUCUAACUCGGAUACGACAAAAGCUGAACGCAUUGUAAACACCAAUGUGUUUCGUGGUGGUGGAUCCCCAGCUUCGGUUUCAAGCAUUUUCUUUGACGUUAGCAGCCGUGGCGAACGGUUGCAUGAUGUAUUGGCUUUGAUCAGCAAGGCGUAUCCUAACAACUGUGGUGGUGAUACCCAUAAAACAGGCCCUAGGGUUCUUGUUGAAUUGUAUCUUGCUACUGCAGCCGAGAUUGAAACAGCACUCCAGCAAGGCGUUCUUUUUGACGAUGGCAUGCGUAUCAUCCCUUGCCGUGCUAUGAGCUCUGACGUGGAUAUUGCGCGUAUUCGGCUGACAUCUCUCCCUCGAAUGCCUAUCCCUGCCCUUGUGGAAGGCCUCAAAAUGAGUCUUCGCUCAUUUGGAAGAGUACUCGACUGUGGGAUCUAUCGUGAAACACGUUCACAAAUGUUUAUGGGAGAAGGUUUUGCUGUUUUGGAUCGUACACCAACAGCUGAUGAUUCAACCUCGUGGUCCUCUCUCUCUCACACUAUCAGCUGGUGUAACACCAAUGAUUUUUUCUACGCUACUUGGAAAGAAAUGGAGCUACACUGUGCCAGAUGUCAUCAACCAGGACACCAUGUACGCCUGUGUCCCGACAACCCACAAAAACAUCGACCAUGUUAUGCGUGUGGGGAAAAUGGACAUAUUGCUGCCGAGUGUCCAACACGUUCCAAUUCUGUUCGUGGUGCCACAACAAAAAAGAAAAGAAAGACUCGUGCUCAACCUCCUGUCACCAAUGCUACAACACAUGAUGCAUUACCUGUGACACCUGAGAAGGACACCACACCUACUCCUUCCGACAAAGUGCCACCAGCUUCUCCUAUACGUAUCACAACAUCAUCACCACCAGCCUCUCAACAUGCCAAGGAUUUGCCUACCGAGUCUGUGGAUUGGGAUGAUCUUGCCGAACAAGAUGCCGCUGACAGUGAAGGUGAAGAGCCCUCGGAUACCGACGGCAUGGAUACGGAUGAACCGAAUCAAGAACUAGAAGAAGCAACCGAUCAAUUUUUGACCACAUUCGACCAAUACGUGGAUGACCACCCAGAGGUUCUUUCGAAGGAGCUGUCUAUCAAAGUGCCCCGCCAUUGGUAUGAUCACCUACACGCCUCUGAUAUUGCCAAAGAGGACAUCUCAAAAUUCACCAUUGAAAAACAACGUCUCAUGAUUCACCUUAUGUUCGAGCAAGCCCCAAAGCUCAUUGAACACAUGCAAGGGCUAUGGAUUUCUGGUCAACACACAUCACGGCUUAUGAACAAUGCACAUGGUAACGCUUUGGGUCCUGAGCAGCAUCAGGACCCCAAUCUUACCUUACGAAAAAUCACCAAUACAUCAGCCAGGGACUCUCUCAUCCGAUAUCUCCGGCAACAUCCUUCAUCACCUCAUAUCAUCACUCUACAAGAAACCAACGCCAUCGAUCACGACACAACAACAACAUUCAACAUGCUAUUUCGAUCUCAACAAUCUCUUUGGUCACAUCACUGCGGCAUCGUAUCACUCGAUUCCGACUUAUCAUUUCAACGUAUAUCAAUCGAUCUCAACAACAGCGAUUUCAACAAACGUUUUAUCUUCACCAAAGUCUCAUCACACAAUCAGACUUUUGCAUCAUUCUUUCUACUCACCUUAUAUGCACCAGCAUCAAGUACAACACAACGUCGAUUGUUUUACACAGCACUUUUGGAUUCACCGAUUUUCACAUCGAUUGAUCCUCACUAUACUGAUCGGCUCAUCAUCACUGGAGACUUCAACUUCAACGUCUAUCAACAACAAUCAACACGUGAUCGCAUCUCUCAUCGAUGGGUUUCACAAUUACAGCUCAACUUUGUCGAUUGCAUCACCGAUACUUCAUCAUCCUUAUCUCUUCCAACAUAUCGUACCGGUGUGUCUUUUCAUUCUACAUUGGAUUUUAUUUUCGCCUCACGAUCUUUUCAUAGCUUUAUCCUACAUGGGGACGUUGAAUUUGUCUCAAGAACAUGGACCGAUCAUGCUCUCCUCUCCGCACGCAUUCAACUUGGAUCACCAAGCACUGGAAAAGGAUAUUGGCGUGGCAACCCCAAUUUUUCCUAUAUUCCUGAAUUUCGACAAGAACUUGUAAUGAUGCUCAACAACUUAUGGCCAACUCUUGACACGAUUGAUUCUCUUCAACAACGUUGGGAACACCUUAAAUCGGCUUUGCGUCGCUUCACUCAACAAUUUGGUCGUCAGCGCACUCAAUGGCGUCAACAACAACUAAAAGCAUUAAUGUCCAAGCGCAAUCGUCUCCUCCGUUCCAAACCACCGCCCAACGUUCUUGCUCAGUUUCUUCCAAGAGUCGAGCAACAAAUCAGCAAUCUACAACAAGAAACGGUCGACAUCUUAGCUUUGAAAGCUCGUCAACGAUGGCGUGAAAAAGGAGAGAAGGCAGCAGGGUAUUUAAAAAAGAAUGCAACUCAAGCGAAAUCUAGCCGUAUGAUCACCUCUUUUGUUCAUCCAUCUACAGGUGCCACGUGCUCAGAAAUCAAUGACCUCCAUGAUGCCGCAACCACUUUUUACCAAGAGUUGUACACGCCCACAACAAUCGAUGACCAUGCCUUGGAUGCCUUGCUUGUUUCCAGCACUCUUCCAUGUUUAUCAUCCAGUUGGCAGAAUGAUUUGAUGAUGGAUUUUACUAUUGACGAUUUGCAAGAUGGCGCUAAAAGAGCACCAAAGCAGAGCAGCCCUGGACCCGAUGGUCUUCCCUACUCUACUUGGUUUUUGGUUUUCAAGCACCCUAGUUAUCAUUCUCUUGCUUGUGCGGUUUUCAAUAUGGCUCUUCAGCAAGGCAUAUACCCAUCUUCAUGGAAGGACACGUGUGUCACCUUGUUGCCAAAGAAAGGAGACCUCCAAUCCCUGCGUAAUUGGCGCCCGAUUUCUUUAAUCAACACCGAUGCAAAAAUCUUUACCCGGCUAUUGAAUGCGCGUCUGGUCCAAGCUGCGGGCUCCUUGAUUAAUCCAUUUCAAACCGGAUUCAUGCCAGACCGAUUCAUAGCCGAUAACGGUAUGUUGGCCAAGUUAGCGAUGGAGCAGGCAAAUGGUCACGAUUCGUCCUCUUCUAUAGCAUUGCUUCUCGAUCAGGAGAAAGCCUACGACCGGAUUCACCCAUCUUAUUUGCGUCAAGUUCUCUCCAAGUUUGGUAUCCCGGAUGAUUUCAUCAAUGCUGUCAACAAUUUGUUCUUCUCUACCCGCAUUCGAAUCAAUAUUAAUGGGCAUCUCUCACCUGCUUUUACGCAACAACGUGGUCUGCGACAAGGCGACCCGAUUUCUCCCAUCCUAUUCAACCUGGCAAUUGAGCCUCUCCUCCGUGCUAUCAUGGAUGAUGAUUCCUUUCAAGGUGUCCAGUUGAAUACUGCCCCACAAGACUCAAUGCCAUUGCCUUCUUUGCCAGCUCUCAAGUGUCAAGCUUAUGCGGAUGAUAUUAUGGUCUUUCUUUCCAAUCCACAAGAUCUCGCACGCCUUCAGCUCCAUCUCAACCGGUAUCAGCUUUCUUCAAACGCCAAAUUGAAUGCACACAAAUCUCAAGCCAUUUCGUUGAGCGGUCAACCACAACCAGAAUGGAAUCAGACUUUGGAACAGGCUGGAUUCCCCACAUGUCACGAUCGAACUUGGUCAUCAGCAGUGGUUUAUUUGGGCUAUCCUUUAGCUUCAUCUAAACGUCAGCUAGAUGUUUAUCUGGAUAAGUUGCUUUCCUCUGUGCGUUCACUAUGUCAUGAUUUUUCUGAUCGUCAAUUGUCUGUUCGGGGUAGAGCCACCAUACUCAAUAUGCUGAUCUUGUCAACAAUAUGGCACACGCUCAGGCUUGUCGGUGCUCCUUCAUCUUUCUUUCGGUCUCUACGGGCCUGUAUGGGUGGAUUUUUAAUGCACAAGAUGUUUCCUCGUGUGAGCUUACAAAAGCUUUGUCAACCAUUGGAAUUCGGAGGACUUGGUAUUUUGGAUCCUGAGAAACAGCAAGGUGCUCUCCAAUUACGUUGGCUGGAUCCUCUUUUUCAUCCCUCAUCAGACUGGAACUACACAACACUCGCCUUAGCCCAUCAUUUACGCCAUGCACAUCCAUCCAUGCCUGAUCAUCGAUUUCCUUUGCUUUUGUCUUCUUGCCGCAAGUCCAUAGGUGAAGUUACCAACAGUGUCUCGUCGCUAUUCUUCAAGGCUAUGGAUUUAAUGUCUUUGGAUAUUAGUUCUCUUUCCUUUGAUGUAUCCGUUGUCCUGCAGCUACCUCUCAAUUGUAUAUGGUAUGACUCCCCUGGUCACAAGUUGAAGCAAAGUCGUUUUCGUCACCUCAAGGUUCAUGAUAUCUUUUAUCUGAAUCCGUCUGCUGGCUUCAUCCUUUGGAGACCGAUGACCCGAAUUCCAUUACAAACUCGCCAUAAGUGCCUUGCCAAGUCCCUCCUACAUGCCGUAUCCCAACAACACAUCCACUUCCAUCACUUUUUCCAACGCUUUUUCUCCGCUGAGCCAUAUCCUUCCUCAUCCAUUCUCUCACCCACACGGAUGGAUGCCUCACCUAUUACGUCUUUCAUGGAUGCCUAUUUUGAUCUCAAGUCUUGGACGACUCGUCGCUACCGAUCAAUUUGUCAACCUUCAACACCGCUCAUACCAUCCAUCCCACGCAAGACAUGGAAGAUCUUUUGGUCGUCACCUAUGGAACACUCUGCCCGCAAUGUCUGGUAUCGAAUCAUCCACAACACCAUCCCCACCGCCACUCGUUUAGCACAUUAUGGUAUACACCAUAGCGACUCCCUUCACUGCCAACUUUGUCAUGUUGCCGAUGAUACUUUGGAUCAUUUUCUAGUCCUUUGUCCUCACCGACGGCUGAUUUGGAUGAACCUAUGGGAUGAUCAAUUCCACGGCCCAUACCAUGCUGCGUCUCUUCUUCGAUUCCUCAAGCAUCUCACUUGCUCUCGCUCUACUGUCUCCUUUUCCAAACUUCUCGCCAUCACUUCCUGUUACCUUUUAGCCAUGUGGCAACUUUAUUGGUUGAAGGUUUUCAAUAACCAACACUUUCAUCAUGUCCAUGUUAUCACCCGCGCUCAACGUUUGUUGGCACGUUUCUCUUUAUCAGCGUAG